AAGAAAGCGGUUCAAAGUUCAACCUGGAACUGCUUCCGGUGUAGCUGGGGGUCACACAGAGGGGGAGUUAAACCUAAAAGUCUUCAAAAUGCUGUUACGAAGGGUGUUGCACAUCGGAGGCUUGACGCUGAAACACAGCAGGUCCAUCCACCACAGUCCUGUAUGGAGGAGUCCUCUCAUACCUAUAGUUGUGGAGCAGACAGGGAGAGGAGAGAGAGCGUAUGACAUCUACUCUCGCCUCCUGAGAGAGAGAAUCAUUUGUGUAAUGGGUCCUAUUGAUGACUCUGUAGCCAGUCUGGUUAUUGCCCAGCUGCUCUUCCUACAGUCAGAGAGCAACAACAAACCCAUCCACAUGUACAUCAACAGUCCUGGCGGCGUGGUGACAGCGGGCCUGGCCAUUUAUGACACCAUGCAGUACAUCCUUAAUCCCAUCUCCACCUGGUGUGUCGGACAGGCCGCCAGUAUGGGCAGCUUGCUCCUGGCAGCGGGAACGUCGGGGAUGAGGCAUUCACUGCCCAACGCCCGCAUCAUGGUUCACCAGCCUUCAGGGGGCGCCAGGGGUCAGGCCACAGACAUCGCCAUCCAGGCUGAGGAGAUCCUGAAGCUGAAGAAACAGAUCAAUUACAUCUACGCCAAACACACAGGGCAGCCGCUGGCAACCAUUGAGGGUGUGAUGGAAAGGGAUCGCUACAUGAGCCCCAUGGAGGCGCAGGACUUCGGUAUCAUCGACCGGGUCCUGGUCCACCCGCCCCAGGCAGGCCAGGAUGAGCCCGAGCUGGUGCAGAAAGAGCCAGCAGCGGCAGCCAGUCCCUCUCCACAGCCAGAGUCCCCAGCCCCUGAGCCAGCCUCCCCUGGGACGAAUCCCCCCUCCUCAUACAAACCUGAGCCAUGAAGCCACCCCAGAGCUGUCUGGAUUUGAUACCUGACAGUUCCUGAGAACAAGGCUGAGCCUCCGGGGGGUUUGUCUUGUCUUAAGUGGCUUCUUUCUUCCCCUUAACAACUCUCUGCAGUCUGCACACAUGCAGGCAUCAUGUAGGGUGAGCAGUGACAGGUCCAAUGUUUGGGUUAAGUUAUAUUGACAUGUUGAAUCAUGUGGUCUAUAAAAUAAAAGUCAAAGAAGCAAUGGCUGGAAAGUAGUCAGUCAUCGUCUUUCCUCUCUACACAAGUUGUUCAUUGCUCAGCUCUGGGACAAACUAGUAUUUCAGCUGAGUGUAGACUGACGGCAGAGAGGAUAAGAUGCUCUACUACAUGAGUUUAUUUAGGGGAGGGGAAGCCUGUUAAGACUGUUGAGGCCAUCUUGUUGUGUACCUCCUUGCUGCAGAGACGUCCACUGCAGAGUGGAGAAGACCUGUAUGACCUGUAUUUGAGUACUCGUAUUUGUAAUAAAUAUCAUCAUUUUGACCACAAUUCACAAAA